UAAAAGAAAAACAGACGAAACGCGAACAAACAUAAAUAAACGGUCAAUAACGGAUACUCGAUUUGUGAUUUUAAAUGUGCGGUUAUACGUAACGGUGUGUCAAUAAAGGAGUAGUCCAACGUUUGACUGCAUACAUAUGCUUGCAUGUGUAUGUGUGUGUGCGUAUGUGUGCCUGUACUGAAACCAAAGUGAGAACAAAAGACUUAAGCAACAAACUUGCAAAGCGGCUAAAAUAACUGAAUUUAGUUUUAAUUGCAUGAGCAAAAAAAAAAGUGCUGAAUAAACUGUUAAGGCGUGCUCUUCAUGAAUUAAAUAUUUUAAAUUCCCUCAACAAAACUUCGGUGGUGAUUUCAAAUAAUAUCGAAUUCUACAAAAAUGUUGCAACAUAAAUCCGCUCUAUACUUAUGUCUUGCCGUUACGCUCAGCUACGCGGCGAAUGCUGCCCUACUGCCGCGUUACGCGCCGCCGCAAUACUAUCAUUAUCCUACACCGCGACGCCAACUCACCAUACCCGUCGCAGUGCCGCAGCAACAACAAUACACACGCUAUGUACAGCAAACGAAUUACGUACAACCGCAACAACAACAACAAGAACAGCAAUACCAGUCCACCAAGUCAUACUACCAACAACAAGUCCAACAAGCUGCCAAUGUUGUUCAAAAAUUCUCCGCGCCAGCGCUAGAAAAUGCUGCCUUCACAUCAGCCUUGACCAAUCAAGGUUACACAUACGGCGGUAACGGACAUGCCUCCACAAUUUCAGCAGCGCGCGCACUGCCGUCUGCAUUAACCUUGCCGGCAUCCAUUGCUGCCGAAGUAGCUGCUGAGGAAAGCAAUACCAAUGCCGCGGCGGCAGGCGCUAUUGAUUCUUCCGAUUCUUCGAUUAAUCUGAAGUUACCGUUACCCAUUAAUAUAGCGCCCAUCAAGGUGCAACCACUGCCAUUGCAGGCGGGUGCUUCUUUCAGCGAAUUAGCUAAUGCCGUCACCUCGUAUGGUACCGUUUAUCCACAGCGUAAGCGCCGAUGAAGACUUUAACAGAUAUGAUGUGUUGCUGCUUCUGCUGCUGUUGCUGCAGCAAAAAGUUACGCUGGUGCUAGAGAAGCUAUUUUUUUUGGGUUAAUUUUAUUUUCUUCAACAACAACCAGAAGAACAACAACACCAACAACAAGAAGAAGAACAACAAAAAGUAGUACAACAGCAGAUAUUUUGCUGCUUUUGUGGUUAUUUAGCUGAAGCGCCUAAGCGCACAACUGAACCGGCGCGCACAAGUCAUAGUUUAAGUUCGAUACGGUAGCGCAAUGUGUGGUAAUUGCUCUCGCUGUAUUUAAAUUAAGUAAAUCUUAAAUAUAAAUCUAGCACGAUUUGCCAAUAUAUUCGAAGAUUGUAGUGAUGACGCAGCUGAAAAUUUACUUUAAGGAGCUAUAGCUUUUUGGUUUCAUA